AUGUUGAGUUCCGUAUUCACCAUGGGAUGGGGUAUCCAAGUUCAAAAUUCCAGUAAAGUUUUAUGUAAAUUGUUGUACUAUUCUGCUUAUGUCUUCUCCGCAUUUUUACCGACGAUUCUGAUUUUUGCGUCCAUCGAUCGUCUAUUCAUCUCCUCGAGAAGUGUUGAUCUUCGUCUGUAUAGUUCCAAACGGUUAGCUUACUUCUCUGUCAGCGUUAGUGCACUUUUCUGGAUAGUUUUCUACAUUCAUGUUUUGGUGAAAGUCACUGUCCGAGAAAUCUAUGCGUCAGUUACUAUCUGCUACUACGAAAUCACUAGUUUGUAUUACGAAUUCAAUUUCUAUUCGAAUUUACUCAUCAAUUCCAUAUUUUCUAUUGGCAUCAUCAUUGUUUCAAUAAUAACAUUCAAAAACGUUCAACAAAUCCGCGAUACUCCGCGCCAACAACGAAAUCGAUUUCGUACGAUGAGUAAAAAAGACUUUCAAUUGCUUCAUUGCCUCUACGUUUACGAUCUUGUCUACAUUAUCUUGGUGGCUUUCCCGUCGAUUUAUGGGAUUUAUCAAGCUGUUUCAAAAAACAAUAUCGAGUCACCAAUGGAUCAAGCAAUAGAACGCUUUAUCACAAAUUCUGGUACUUUCAUACAUCAUCUACCUUAUUGCGCAAGUUUUUUCAUAUUUGUCUGCGUAUCGAAAUCAUUUCGACUCGAAAUGAAACGUUUAGUUUACAAAGUAUUCGGUCAAGAUCUUGUGUUAACACGUACGCAUGAAAACGGAAGAAUGAAUAUUGACAAGGAUAUGCUACAAACGAGUCUGUAA